UUGUAUCGUUCGUAAACUGGGAAAUUAUUUUUGGAAGAGAUAAAAAUCACACGAAAUGGUGAUUAACAAGACCAAUGGCCUGGAGUACGCGUAUUUGACAUUUGGAUGGAUCGAUUACACUUUUUUCACGCUCCUGAUGGGCGUCAGUUUGGCAAUUGGCAUUUACUUUGGAUUCUUCAAAAAACAGGAUAAUACGACUGAGUAUUUUCUUGGGGGCAAGACUAUGAAUUAUUGCCCCAUUGCUAUGAGCAUUCUAGCGAGUCACGUUUCUGGAAUGACAUUGCUCGGCGUUCCUACAGAAGUCUACUUCCACGGCUCUCAAUACUUCGCUGUAGUUUUUACAGUUUUGUUUAUGGUUUUGGCAACGAUCUACAUAUUUCUACCUGUUUUCUCUAAGCUUCAAAUUCCCAGUGCGUUCGGUUAUCUCGAGGUCAGGUUCGCCCGUCCAGUGAGACUCCUCUGCUCAUUUCUCUACAGUAUCUCUCUGUUGAUCUUUGUACCGAUGGUUGUCUACGUCCCAGCAUUAGCCUUCUCUCAAGUCACUGGAUUCAGCCUUCAUGCACUCUCCCCGAUACUCUGCAUUGUUUGCAUUACUUACACGACAAUUGGCGGAUUGAAAGCUGUCGUCUGGACGGAUACAAUACAACUGUCAAUCACGUGCGGUGGUCUCUUAGUCAUUAUAGGAUUGGGAGUAAAAGCUGUCGGCGGAUUUCUGGAAGUUGUCAGAAUUUCCGACGAAGGGGGACGACUCGUAUUUUUCAACAUGGAUCCCAGUCCUUUCCAGAGAAAUACUUUCUGGGGCAUGGCUAUCGGAAUGACGUUCCACUUCACCAGCCACAUGAGCAUCAACCAGGGAUUUGUGCAGAGAUGCCUAGCGGUGCCUAGCCGAAGGGACGCGGUGAUCUCGGUUGUCCUCAUGGGAACAGGAAUGGUGCUGUUGAAAGGUCUCUCAGCAUUCGUUGGACUCAUCAUUUACGCGUAUUACCACGACUGCGAUCCUCUAGCGAUUGAUGCGAUAGACAGGGACGAUCAAUUAUUCCCUUAUUACGUGAUGGAUGUGGCCGGACACUUGCCCGGACUUCCAGGUCUAUUUCUAGCGGGUUUAGUCAGCGCUGCUCUGUCGACGAUGAGCGCUAAUCUCAAUACCGUAUCGGGGAGUUUAUAUGAAGAUUUUAUUGAACCUUGGGUCCCCGAGGGCCCCAGAAAGGAAGUCAUCGGUGCAAAUAUCAUGAAGGCAAUAGUUGUUGUAUUCGGUUGCCUGGCUGGGGGUCUGGUAUUCGUAGUUGAGCAUUUAGGGACUGUCUUCCAAAUGGGAAUAGCCUUGAAAUCCCUGCUAGACGGCCCGGUCCUCGGACUAUUUGUCCUUGGCAUGAUGGUGCCUUGGGUUAAAACUCGAGGGGCCAUUACCGGCGCCCUGUUGUCCAUUGGCAUUAUGGCAUGGCUGAUUUUUACAACUCAGUGGUACCAGUCCCAGGGACGAAUCAUGAAUGAUCCAUUACCGGUUAAUGUGCAUGGCUGUGCUGCACCGUGGAAUGAGACCAUCAUUCCAACGCAACCACCAAUUUCACCGGACGAUGAGCCCUCGAUGAUUUAUCAGAUUUCGUUUUUGUAUUACACACUUAUUGGAUUUUUUUUCACUCUCUUUCUGUCAAUUACUGUCAGCCUUUUGCUGGGGGAAACUGAUAUCUCGGAGGUUAAUCCCGAUCACAUUACUCCGUGCAUUCAAAGAUUUUUGCGGAGGAGAAAGUACGCGGAAGUUCCGCUGAGGGACGUCGACACAGUCGCAAUGACCAGUGGCGAAAAUAAAUGAAUCCACUUCUCAUUUUUGUCAUAUAUAUUUCUGUCACAGAUUAUCAAUUACAGUAUUUAUAUCCUUGUGUUUUUGUAAAUGUUUCUUCCUUAUUGCGUUCUCGUGCGCAUUCUCUCUCUUCAUCUCAACCAGCAUUUAAAUAUUGCACUUUUCUUUGUAAGAAAUAAAUACUAAAGCAAUGAGACGUUACAAAUUCA